CCAGCGGCUGUAGCUGACUCAUCUGAUGAGUUGAAUUUAACUUUCCGACACAACAAUGUCUAGAAAGAGACACGUAAAAGACAAAACAGAGAAGGCGAACGCCGAGGACGAGAAAAAUACCGGACAGGCGCCAAAUGAAACAUCGCCUGCCCAAACCUUCGAUGAAUAUCAGUGCUCAGGGAAAGUGGAGAUUGACUUCCCUGGGCUUUGUGCUCUUCUGAACAUAAAGGACAUCCCAGCUGUCAGCACCAAGCAACCAGCCUCCUCCAUCCUCACUGAAACUGAGGGAGGGGAUGUGGAGAACAGGCAGUCCCAGAAAAAUGCUGUAUCUUUCUGGUCUAAAUCCUGCCUCCAAGUGGAGCUGGAGAAUGAAGACCCCCUGAGCGCCAAAAGCAUGACAGUUUCUGGAUGGAAGGUAGAUGAGCCGACUACCAGAGUGCUACAGAAGAUCCUUCCCUCCUUGAGCCAGCUACAGAGCCUUCAGUUUUGGCAGGCGGGACUGACAGAUCAAAUGGUAAUCUCCCUCAUGAACACAAUAUCACUGUGCUCCAACCUCAGGGUUGUGAGGUUAGAGGGUAACCCUCUUCCAGAGCAGAGUUACCACCAUCUUCUCUCUGAAGACAGCAUCCUCACUCACUUGUCCCUGCGAAAUAACCGGAUAGGAGAUGAGAGCGCUCGUCUGAUUGGGGCCGCGCUCUCAACAAAAAGAUCUUCUAACACGAACCUCUUGUCACUCAACCUGGCAUUCAAUUCCAUCAGUGAUACAGGUGCUGCCCAUAUCGCACAGGGCUUGCGGUUGAAUCGGGCUUUGCUCUUUCUCUCACUGUCCAACAAUCAGAUUGGAGACACAGGAGCUGCUCAUCUGGCUGCGAUACUCAGUGACUUUGCUCUAACUCAUGAAGAAGUUGUGGAGAGGAGGAAGCUGCUACUGGAAAAAGCGCAGUCUGUAAGAGUCGAUUCUGACCAAACACCUGCUGACCAACUUCCCUCAGUACCCAACAGCACUUCUCUAAGCGUGAGCAAGGGGGAGAACAAAGGUACCUCCAAAAAAAAGGAAGCAUCCAAAAAAGACGAGAAACCAGCUGCUAACAAAGAGAACCCAAAGUCGAACAAGAAAUCCUCUGAUGUAAAGGCGACUAAAGGUGGCAAGCCGGGGGGUAAAGAGAAACAACUAACUACACAGGAGGACCAAUCGAGUGCUGCCCUGAAUGAGCAGGUAGAGUUGGUGGAGAUAAGGAACCCCCUGCUGGAGCAGUCGCUGCAGCACAGGGACGGAGAGCUCUUUCUGCCUGGAAACACGACUCUCACCUCCCUCAACCUGGCAGGAAACAGAAUCACAGAGAAGUCGCUGCAUCUGUUCCUGACGUCACUGGAGAUGCAGGGUGAGGGAGGAGGCCUGCUGCGUCUCUGUCUGCAGAGAAACCGCUUCCCACCAGAGUGUGAGUCCUAUAUGAAGAUAGAGGAACUGAUUGCACUCAGACAUCAGAGAAAAAAACGUUCUGAAGAGACAGAAGAGGAGGGACAGGGGGCAUAG